ACUACCCCCGGCAAAAACACCCUACUCCGUUCGAAGUACCAAAACGGAAAUCUAGCAAGUUUGCAAUGUUUGCAUGUUUACACCAUUUGCAACACUAACCCAAUCCAUCCAAUCACAUGCCUGUUGGGAGAACGUUGAGUGGCCCGUCCCGUGGCUCACGUGAUCGCCCCCUCUACUCCAUACUCUCAACGCUCAACAUUCCAUCUACACCAUCCAUGCACUCCUUCAUCACCAACUCAUCGCACAAUCAAACAUAACAAGCAAGAUGUCGAAGUCAUCAAAGAUCAACUCGAACACGCACACCUCCCGCUCCAGCGUAUCUUCGAUCACAAGUACCGGAUAUAACGCCGUUGCGGCCGCAGCAGAGAUGGAUCGCAGGGUGUACAUCCCGUUGUGUUUCUGUCUGGUUUCGUUUGCGGUUAUGGUUUAUAACAACUAGACAACAGCAACAUGCUGUUGUUUUUGCUGCCGCUCUUGCUCUUGCUUUUCGGUCUUACGCUUGCUAUGCUCCCAUGCGAACUACGUCAGCCCGCUGGUUAUCGUCGCUUUAUCUGUUUAUCGUAUCGUCGACCGAGGAUGAUUGAUAACGCCACUUGUUCCCCCUUUCGCCAACAUCAACAACCACAACACAACAACCCCGAUUUCGAUAUCGAUUUCAACCUCGACCAUUUAUAAAUAAUAUAUGAACACCUCGGUCGCACCAGCACCGUUCCUGCUUUUACGAUCAAUACGUCUUGCUCGCAUCUGCGACACGGGCAUACCUUUCCUCCACUUUACCUUACCUUGCAUCUGGUCUACAUACGCCUACAUACGUCUACAUCUACAUAAUUCAACAAUGGCCGGCCGACAAUGCGUCCUUGAUGGACGUGUACAAUUCAAUGCGAACGUCAACGUCAACGACAACGCCUUCGUCUUCCUGCUUCAACCAGGAUGGACUGACCUCAAUUUAUCCCGCCUAGUCCUGCGUACUGGCUAGGAUGAGUUGAGGUACCUGCAUGCGAGGAUGCAUGCGUUGCUCUUUUUUUUUUUUUUUUUUUUUCUUUUGUUU